CACUCAACAUCCACGGACGUCCACCAAGCCACUGGCCGGUCCCUAUUUUCCGGAUCUGUGCAAGCGCGUGGUACGUCUUGGUGUUUGCGACGCCAUUCCUCUCGUAUAGAAUUCGACGUGGAUGGAUGGUUCACAUGUGUUGACUUUUGAUGAGCAAGAAAUGAUAACUACUGCUAAGGCGGCGGCGGCGGCAGGUCGUCUGGGAUGUAUCGGUACACCUUCUCCUGCAUUCGGGCAGCCGUGCCAUACGCCUGCUGGUUUCAGUGCUCCCGAGUUCUCUUCGACGUCUUCCGAUUUUACGUGCCCUUCUUCGUCGCCAACAACAGCGCCCUCCACCCUCAUCUCCGCUGAAGAGCAGACUGAACAGGACGACGCCGAGCUCGAAGAGCUCAUGAUACCGGGGUGUCUGCGUCGGCAACUGCUCUCGGCUGCUUACGCCGACGCGCUUGGUGCUACUGCUCCCGCCUCUGCGAGCAUGUCCGCGACUGUCGAGGAAAACGGGAAGGGAGUGCUGGACGCACUCGCAGCCGAAGCUAGUCAUCGAGGAUCAUCCGAUGAUGAAAACUCCACCGAGAUCGGGAACAAAGCUCCGACGACGCCUUCGGCGAACACGUUCGCCCCUUCCUCUACAUCGGACACCUCUCACUCAGACGAGUCCGUUGACAUUCGUACACCUUCCCAACGUGUUCCGUUUAAGGUUUUGGAGGAAUGUAGGUCUUGCCCGUGCAUUGAUGACGUAGGGGACCUGCGUUUCGGGCAGGGGGAGGAGUUGGAGAGAUUGAGAAAGAAGGCGCCUCCUCCACUCCGUUUGGGAGACGAUAUAGUAGCAGAGGAAGCGGAUGUGGAAUGGAGCUGUGUCUUCUUAAAGGAAGAUGCCGGCGGUGUUGAUGCGGAUGAGCGCACUCUCGUGUGUAGUGAGGUUAGUGAGGUAAGUCGGGUUUUGCCGCGGCGUGCGGACGUGCUAUAGAUGUGCUCAUGUCGAAUGAUAAACAGCCGUCGAGUCCGUGGCUAACGUUGAAGAAUACACUGCUCCCGUUGGUCUUCAAGGACGCCAGCAACGACUACAACGGUAUAUGAUGCACAUGCACGCACCCACGAUGAUCGGUAAUGGUUUCCACUCGGUUAUUGCUGGACACAGAUCUGGAAGAGUGUCUCGUUGUAAGAUAGUAGGCUGUAUAUCUUGUGUUUCGGAUCUGUAUGAUGUUGUGAGUUUAUGUGCCUGGAAAUACUAGUUGUACUGCGCCGCAUGCGGCUGGGUAUAUCGCGACUCGCUGAUGGUCGGUAUCAUGGAGGGUUGGGUGAUCUCGUCUAAGGACAACCGGGCUCACGACGGGGCUCGAG